GUGGCCUUGCUACAAUUUCACCUGUUCCCUCGCCUUCCUCCUCACCUCCUCAAGGAUCGCCUGACAGCAGUCCCAUCAGCAGCAUUACUUCAGCACAGUUUCCAGAAUCCUCUGAAGCAACUGCCAAGCGAGGCCCCGGAUCUCACAGGGUCUUAACUUACACCCAAAGUGCCCCUGACCUGUCCCCUCAGAUCCUGCCUCCACCUGUCAUAUGUAGCAGCUGUGGCAGACCUUAUUCACAAGGGAAUCCUGCAGAUGGAUCCUCAGAGACAAGUGGUCCAGCCAUUCAGAAACCAAACAGAACAGAUGACACUUCUCAAGUUACCUCUGAUUAUGAGACCAACAACAACAGUGACAGCAGUGACAUUUUACAGAAUGAAGAGGAGGCUGAGUGCCAGAGAGAACCACUGAGGAAAGCAUCGGCUUGUGGCGCCUAUACUUCCCAGGCCAUGAUCUUCCUGGACAAACCAAUUCUUGCCCCAGAGCCUCUGGUCAUGGAUAACCUGGACUCGAUUAUGGAUCAGUUAAACACCUGGAAUUUUCCAAUUUUUGAUUUAGUGGAAAACAUAGGAAUAAAAUGUGGCCGUAUUCUGAGCCAG